AAAGAGAAUCCUGUCGUAGAUGAAAUAAAGAAAUUGAGAGAAAAGCAUUCAAUCUCCUUCAUUGAAUUUUUUGCUUCAUCCCUUUGAAGGAAUUCUUAAUCGAAGUCAAAGAUCAGAGUAUGUGGGGUAGGGUUGAAGUUGAACUGUGCCCUUUGAAGAUUUCCCGAUUUCUUUGUUUCCUUUUCUGCUCUGGAAUUCGAUCUAUGCAGCAAAUUUUCCACCCAAAUUUCUCUACUUUCUAUCUCCGAAUUGAAUUUCCGUUUCCAAAAUCGAUUACGAAGGGGCACAAACGGCGGAGUUGGGGAUUUGAGAUAGUGAGAAGACUCGGUUAGCGGAUUUGGGAGUCGAAUCUUUUCAACUUCUUGUGUCUCCUGCUCCUUCAGGUUUGAGCCCUAAUUUUCUCGUUGAAGCUGGAAGGUAUGAACAGCUCUGUUUCUUCCAGUCGUGCUACCUCUUCGAGUUGCAGUUUCAUUGGAUUGUCGGAACUACAAGACAUAUUCAUAGUAGGAGGGGUUUGAGUUAGACCCGGAGUGUGAAAUUUUAAUUUACUGGUGCUCAACUCCGUAUGCUUUAUUUUCAGUUCCUAGCAUUGGAAGAUGUCGUGGGGGAGGGGUAAAUCUCCUGGCUGGGCAGCGGUUAACCUUAAGCAACAGAAUAGUGGCCUUCAAGAUGAAAUUGACCCGGACCCAUUCCCACCAAUGUCUACCGCUCAUUCCUUUCUGCCACCCUGUGAAAACGUACACAGAGUUAAUGGUCGUUCAGGGAGGUCUUCACAAGAAAAUUUUGGUGCAGAAAAGACAAUACUUGGUAAUUCUAGCAUUCGAAGUAGCAAGAAGUUGGUUGAAGAAUCCACUGAUGUUUUAGCCUUCUGGAAGCUUAAAGAGCUUCAUUCUUGGGCUGAUAUCAGCUUGAUUGUGGAUAUAAUGGAAGCUGUAAAUAAUAACUUCAACGAGGCGUCUAAGUUAUUAAAAACAAUGGUUUCUAGUGACAAUUUUGAGAUCAAUAAUGAGAUGAGCACCUUAGGACUGCAUUCCUCUAAUGAUGUAUCAUUGGUGAGGGGUAAAUCUUCUGGCUGGGAAGAAUUUAACCUUAAGCAACAAAAUAGAGGCUUUCAAGAUAGAAUUGAUCCGAAACCAUUCCCACCGAUGCCAAGUUCCCUUUCCUCUUUGCCACCCCGUGAAAACUUGCACGGUGUUAAUGGCCGUCCAGGGGGAUCCUCCUCAUCUUCACCUCUUCCUUCUGCUGAUUCUCUAACUUUGCCAGAAAAUUACGGUGCAAAGAAAAUACUUGGUGAUUCUACCAUUCAAAAUGGAAGGAAGGUGGUUGAAGAAACCACUGACGUUUUAGCCUUUUGGAAGCUUAAGGAGCUUCAUACUUGGGCUGAUUUUAGCUUGAUUGUGGAUAUAAUGGAAGCUGUAGAUAAUAACUUCAAUGAGGCGUCUACUUUUUUAAACAAAAUGGUUUCUAGUGACAAUGUUGAGAUCUGUAACGAGAUGAGCACCCUAGGACUGCAUUCUGCUGAUGGAUUAUCGUGCAAUGGGAAGAAUGAUGUAACCAUAUCAUCAGAAAGAACUGUUAAUAAUCCCAUCCCUAGUUCCACACUAAAGGAUGUGCAAGACAUGCAUCAAAAUAUUAAUGAUAAAUUGUUUGAAAAUAAUUAUCAUGAAAGAAAUUUCUUUCACAAUGUUGGAAAUCCAAAAAUAGCUCUUUAUUGCUCAAAGUCUGCUCCUAUUGAGCCCGAGUGGGAAGAAGAUGAUAUUUACCUGAGCCAUCGGAAAGAUGCUAUAGCAAUGAUGAGGUCUGCAUCUCAACAUUCAAGGGUAGCCACUAAUGCCUAUCUUCGGAAGGAUCAUGCUUCUGCCAAGUAUCAUUCAUCAAGGGCUCAAGAACAAUGGCUAGCUGCAAAAAUGUUAAAUGCUAAGGCAGCCAAUGAAAUUUUACAAACAAGGAAUAGUGAAAAUGGGCUCUGGAAGUUGGACUUACAUGGGCUUCAUGCAGCAGAGGCUGUUCAAGCCUUGCAAGAUCACUUGCUGAAAAUCGAAACUUGGAAUGCCUCCAAUCGGUCGUUGUCGCCAAAGAAAGCUGAAAGGAAGGGUUUCUAUCGUGUUUCAUCCCUUGAGUAUCUUAGUUGUCUGGGCGUAAAGUUGGACAAAGAAUUACAAUCACCAUUACCUAGGCAUAGGCCGACAUCAUUGGAAGUCAUAACAGGAAUAGGUAAACAUAGCAGGGGGGAGGCUGCUCUACCAAAGGCCGUGACAAGUUUUCUUAGUGAAAAUGGGUACCGUUUUGAACAGUUGAGGCCUGGAACGAUCAGCGUUCGACCGAAGUUUCGUAGGUAAACGACUCUCCCUUAUUAGUAGUAGCUUCAAAGUUAUUCAGUCAGAACGUAGAUUAGAGUUGUUGGAGGUUGGGUAAGUGAAACGUGUAAAAUGACUGAAAAUGUUCGUUAUUUAGAAGGAGCUCUGUAGGAUUGGUUGUUAACCACAUUACUGCAUUGUUAUUUUGUUGUCUUUCCUGGAAAAGAUAGCACCUAGGAAGAAGAGGUUAGAAGAACUCUGGAAUCCUGGGAUUGUAUUCUAUUAUGAUUCAUUAUGGCGAUUGCACUAGUUGAGUCUACUUCUCUAA